UGGCUCUGGGAGAGUGUGUGAGUGGAUGUGAGCCGCCGCCGGAGCCGCGGACGGUUUGCCGAGCCCGUUAGUGCCGCUGGCCCAGCCUCCCGCCGCCGUCAUGUCCCGCUACCUGCGACCCCCCAACACGUCUCUGUUCGUCAGGAACGUGGCCGACGACACCAGGUCGGAAGAUUUACGUCGGGAAUUUGGUCGUUAUGGUCCAAUAGUAGAUGUUUAUGUUCCACUUGAUUUCUACACUCGACGGCCAAGAGGAUUUGCAUAUGUUCAAUUUGAGGAUGUUCGUGAUGCUGAAGAUGCUUUACAUAAUUUGGACAGAAAAUGGAUUUGUGGACGUCAAAUUGAAAUACAGUUUGCACAAGGGGAUCGCAAGACACCAAAUCAAAUGAAAGCCAAGGAAGGGAGGAAUGUAUACAGCUCUUCACGAUAUGAUGAUUAUGAUCGAUAUAGACGUUCUCGAAGCCGAAGUUAUGAAAGGAGGAGAUCAAGGAGUCGCUCUUUUGAUUACAACUAUAGGAGAUCUUACAGUCCUAGAAACAGUAGACCGACUGGAAGACCACGGCGUAGCCGAAGCCAUUCCGACAAUGAUAGACCAAACUGCAGCUGGAAUACCCAGUACAGUUCUGCUUACUACACUUCAAGAAAGAUCUGAAAGCGGAAAAAAGAACCAAAGAAGGGCAGUUCAAGCGACCAAAGGGUGGGUGGAAGGUGCUGCAGUAUGAAUACUGUACGAAUAUUUUGACUCUGGUCUGAAAAGAUAAAAGAAUUAUCGAAAACUACAUGGAAUAAUUGAAGUCCCUUCAAGUUUGAAAGUAAGCAUUUUAGGACAAAUAAAAGGAAAUUCAACUUUGUACUUGUGGAAACUAAUCCCUAAAUAUGAACAGGUAUAUUGACUCAUGGGUGGCAGAUCCAUGAUAAGUUAUUGGAAACUAGGAUGUCUGAAUAUCAAGGAAGACAGCCAUAGUCUCUAACAGUGCCUCUCUUGGUCUGUCUCAAACUAAAUUGGAUGGUAAAGGUAUGGUCCAAUAUAAAGUUUUUCUUGAUUAUCUCUUAAAAGUCAGUUCCACUUAUGCCAGUGUUGGCAGGUCUUGCCUUUGUUUAUUCCAGUGCCAGUAUUUUCUGCUUAACUGUUUGUUUUGUUGGCAUCUGAGUUUAUUUACUUGUAUACCAUGUGCAGUUUACAUCUAACCACUCCUUCCCAGGUUAAUUCCACUUAUACUUGACAUCCAACUAUGAGGGCCCAUCUCUUCCUCACCUCUUGACCAAACAGUAUGUUCAACAGACAUUUAUUGAAUGAACCUUUACUGUGGGCAAAACAUUAUACUGGAUAAUUGGAGAAUAGUUACUUACUUAGUAAGUACCUACUGAGCACAAUCUAGUGAAUCAUUACAGUAUGGCUUGAGGUGUAUUGCGAUAUUUCAUACCAUUCAUAUACUAAUGUAAUUACAAAACAAUACACUAUCAGAGAUAAGUAAUUUUAUGGUUGUCUGCCAUUUAAAAUUAUCUAGUGUUUGUAUCCCAUGACUACAAAUAAUGAAGAAAACCUGUGAUAAGCAGAUUUAUUGUGCAGUGAUUAAUAUACUAGACUAAUACUAAAUUGUUAACUUCUGGCUCAGUCAAACAAAUAGAUAAUCCCCCAAAUAACAAGCAUUUAACUUUGCAUUAAAACAGACCCUGGGUGCUAUAAUUAGAUUAUUUUGAGGCAGACAGCUGUUACCCCAAUGGACUUAGUAUAUUCUGUAUUGGAAAAAAAAAUGUUUACCAGGUUAGACUUUUUAGUGAUCUACUUGUACAUUUUAUAGGGGACAUAUUCUGUGUAUAGUUAAUAACUUUAUAGUGUCGCAAAAUGUUUUAGAUUCCUUGGUUCCUUGUUAGGAUAUUAACUUGUUUAUCAUAACAUUGAUUCCAUCACAGUUGAAUUUUUGUUGUAUUUUUGCCACAUAUUUAAAACAAUGUCAAAUUCUGAAAUCUGGAAACAGUGUAAAGCCUUUAUAACAAUUUAUAAAAUGUAGUAGGAUUACACAUAAAUGAAGGGAGGUAAAAAUGAAGGUUAUUUUAUCUAUGUUAAAAACAAACUUUUUUCAGCCUGCCCAAACUUAAAAAGGCAGCAGGUACCAGGUGAGAAUUUUAAAUUUUGGCUUCAUUUUUGUUGCUGUUUUUAUUUUGAAUCAAGUUGGAAAUGCUUUUAUAGUUUUAUUUUCAAGGACACAAUAAAAACUGAUAAAAACUGAAUUUAGCGUUUAUUUCAAGAUUAUAAAUGACUAAAUGUAUUUUAUACCAUUACAAAAUCAUUAGCAUUGGAUUGGUUUUAAAGAUAGAGUUUCUGUGUAUUUAACAAUUAUCUGUGCAGUUCAUGGGUGUUUUGUUCUCUAUUCCCCCUCUCCAUUUCCUUUCAAAUUGAGCUUAAGGGAGAGAAAUUGUGUGUUCUCGUGAGGAUUUUGUUUUGUUAAUUGUACUAUUUUGAGUUUUAAGAGUUUCAUUUGCGGGAAUAUAACCUUGUUCAUUUAUAAGUACAGUAAUAGUACUUGACAGCUCUUAAGUUUUAAGUGUGGUAAAAUAGAAAGGGCCCCUGUGGUUUGGGUAGCUUAGAGUAAAUUGUUUUAGUCUGUCUACUGUGGUUUCCAUGUAUAUUAAAGGCUGUCAAUAUUACUAAGCA